AUGGUGGAAGGGGCCGGCCCUGAAGGAAGCAUGUUAGUGCACAGACCAUGGACUAGCGCUGACAUAGCUGACUUUGCUCAAAAUCUCCCAGACAUCACUGUAUCAGGAAAGACAUUCGGUGCCAACCUUCUGGCUUUCUGCCAGGAGUACAGACCCAAUGGAGCUGAGAUCCGUCGCAUCCUGGCCAAACGUCUUUCAGCCUGUGAAUAUCAAAAACUGACUGGACAAUUGCCUGAUGUGACACUUGCUCUCAAACACAAAGACUGGACAAACAACUUAAAUGAUGGAUUCGUUGACGCAGUGAGGACGCUUGUCACCCACCUCGAAACUGCGUUCCCCGACAAAGUCUGUAUGAUUAAAGUCACGACAUGCAAACAACAACCAGAGGAAUCAGUUGAUGACUUUGUUCACCGCCUCACCACCGCAUACAACACACACGGAGGAGUUCACCCUCCCCCGGAAGGAGUGGGAAGACUCAUCUGUUCAACAUACGAGAGUCACCUGUGUGAACUGGUGAUGAAAGGCUUACUCCCUGAAGUUUUUGACGCCGUGAAGCAGUCAUACAUCGGAUGGAAAGAAGAAGCGUGUCUGUCUGACCUCACAAGACACGCACGCCAUGCUUAUGACACUCUCCAGCAGAAGAAGCUGGCGAAGAAGGAAAAACAACAGAGCGAAUUGUAUCUGCUAUCCUUGGAGAUGUUCUCUGCAAUGCAUAACAACAACAGAGGAGCGAGCAGGUUUCGCGGGCGAGGACGAGGAAGAAGAGACCUCAGACGGAAUUGGCACAACAGAGACACAGGGGGCGCAUCUGGAGAUCCAGGAAACGCUUGCCACAUCUGCAGCGAGAUGGGACACUGGAGGAAGUACUGCCCCCGGCUACGUCAGGUUCCACCCUCCCGGGCACUCUCGUCAGACUGACUAGAGGAGGAGCCCAGCGAAGGUUUCCGUUCACACGAUGACGUAGACGCAGGAGUCAUCGUCCCGUGUGACAACUCUCCAGUGAGGACUCCACUCUUCCCAGUUAAGAAAAUCAGAGACAAAGGACAGCCAACAGAAUGGAGGUUUGUCCAGGAUCUGCAAGCAGUAAAUGCGGCGGUCUAACCACGCGCGCCUACGGUACCGAACUCCUACACCAUUCUUUCUUAGGUUCCGCCCAAGGCAAAAUUUUUUUCAGUAAUUGAUUUGGCCAAUGCUUUUUUCAGCGUGCCCAUUCACAAAGACAGUCAAUUCUGGUUCGCUUUUGAAUUUAAUGGAAAGUCAUACACCUUUACCAGACUGUGUCAGGGGUAUUCAGAAAGCCCUACAAUCUACAAUAUGGCACUGAAAGACAGCCUGAAUGAUCUUGUCUUGUCCCCAGGCACCGCCCUGCUGAGUGAGGAUCAGGAAACUUGCACAGCAGACACGAUCAAGCUGCUGAAACACCUGCAUGCUGCUGGACACAGAGCAAGUCUGUCUAAAUUACAGUUCGUUCAGACUGAAGUUACCUUCCUAGGUCACAUCAUCACCGCUGAAGGAAAAUCCAUUUUACCUAAAAGAGCUGAAGCUAUUCAGAACCUGCCUAAAUCGUGCACAUACAAACAGCUUAUGUCCUUUUUAGGCAUGUGCUCUUAUUGCAGGAAUUUCAUUCCUAACUGCGCCGUCUUGGAGGCUCCGCUUAGAGCUCUGAUGCAGACAUCUUCUGCAUCCACCACCCGCCUCAUGUGGACGUCUGAGGCUGAACAGGCGUUCACCGACCUCAAACUUGCUCUUCAGUCGGCUCCUACUUUGGGUCUGCCUGACCCUACGCGACCUUUCACCCAAACAGUGGAUGAGAAAUCAGGUUGUAUGACCUCGGAGGGCGUCCACGCCCUGUAGCCUAUUUCUCUGCGGGGCUCCCACGAUGCCUCCGAGCAGUGGCUGCGGCAGAGAAAGCCGUGCUGGCAUCACGUGACAUUGUUGGCUAUUCUGAUGUCACCCUGCUGGUUCCUCAUGCCGUGUCUUUGAUCCUUUUGGAACAAAAAACAUCACAUCUUUCUACAGCCCGAUGGCUUAGAUACAACACCAUCUUACUGGAAAUGCCAAACAUUACUGUCAAAAGGUGCAAUGUGCUUAACCCAGCCACUUUGUUUCCAGGCCCUGACAAUGGCGAGCCUCACAACUGUGUUUCGGUCUUGAACCAGGUCUGCACUCCGCGCCCAGAUCUAUCGGAGGUGCCAAUUCCUAACUGUGACCUCGUUCUCUUUGUUGAUGGCUCCGCCUCUAGAGACCCUGCUUCGGGCCACUGUCAGGUUGGAUAUGCAGUCUGCACCUCUCAUACUGUUUUACAGUCUGGCGCUUUGCCAGGACAUUACUCUGCUCAGGCUGCGGAGUUGAUCGCACUGACCGAAGCCUGUAAAUUGGCUGAAGGGAAGUCUGCUACUAUCUACACAGACUCCAGAUACGCUUUUGGCGUCACACAUGACUUUGGUGCUCUGUGGAAACACAGAAAGUUUUUGAAAUCUGAUGGCAAACCUAUCUUGCAUCAUGAUAAGGUUGCUGAUCUGCUCGAUGCAAUUCUGUUACCAGCUGCAAUUGCUGUAUGUAAGUGCCCUGCACACACUGGGGGCACUGAUCCCAUCUCUGCUGGAAACGCACGCGCUGAUGCUGCUGCAAAGGCAGCUGCCCGACUUCCCCUUCCCUUUGUUCCCUGCCUCUUAUCCUCCACCUCUACCCAACCUCCCUCUCCUCCCUCUGCUCUCCCUGAUCUUCAGACAUUCUCUACCCCACAGGAACGCAAGCUCUGGCUGACGAAUGGCGCCACCAGUAGCCAUGGCGUUUGGUAUGGGCCCGACGGCAAACCUUGCCUACCUAAACACUUUUUCCCUCAUUUCGCGAAGUUGACACAUGGAUUAGACCAUGUAUCAAAGGGGGGAAUGUUAGAUGCUCUUACAAAACAUUGGUACACUAAGGGAUUUUCAAUCUAUGUGCAAAAAUACUGCGAAGCAUGUAUGACAUGCGCCCAACACAACCCAGGUAAGACGACUGCCAAACCACUGGCAGCUCACCCACCACCGGAACAGGCGUUUGACCAUUUAAUGCUGGACUUCAUCGAACUAACGCCAGCAGAAGGUAAAAAGUAUUGUUUAGUGAUUGUUGAUAUGUGGUCAAAAUGGGUGGAGGCCUUCCCAGCUAAACAUGCUAACAGCCAUGCAGUUACCAAAGCCUUGCUGACAGAAAUAAUUCCCAGAUGGGGGAUUCCAUCUAAAAUCAGCAGUGACAACGGCUCACACUUUGCAAAUCAAGCCCUUGAGGAAGUGGGAAAGUUUCUGAACAUCAACAUCAGAAAGCACUGCUCUUACCACCCUCAAAGCGGAGGGGCGGUAGAGAGAGAGAAUGGCACUUUGAAAAACAAACUGGCUAAAUGCUGCUCAGAGACUGGUCUCAAGUGGACUCAGGCUCUUCCCAUUGUGCUCUCAUACAUGAGAAUGAGGAGAAGGAUGAGAACAAACCUCAGCCCGUAUGAGAUUCUAUUUGGUAGACCUCCUAUGAUGGGACUCCACCCUGAGACUGAGACUAGGAUUUUACCACCUACUGAAAUGUGCGAAGACGCAAUGCUACAGUACUGUAAGAACUUAUCCUCUGUUCUUUCCCAAAUCUCCAAACAGGUGAAAGCGUCUCUGCCCAAACAGGCGACAGAACCACUGCACAUCAUUCAACCAGGAGACUGGGUGAUCAUUAAGGAGCUUCGCAGGAAGCACUGGAACCCAAAGCGGUGGCAAGGUCCCUUCCAAGUCCUUCUGACGACCAACACGGCUGUGAAGAUCGCAGAAAGAGCGACUUGGAUCCACUCCAGCCACUGCAGGAAGGUCCCGGAUCCGACAGACGACCCUCCAUCUACAUCUACACCACAUGAGAAAACUACCACUGACGAAAAGAACUGAGAAGGACGACCCUCGCUGUGCUCACACACGCACUGAGGCGAGGCUGCGUUGACCGUUCAGCUAAAGGUGUGAGCCAAGCGCCGCCUGAAGCUGCGCCGGUGAAUCACACUAUCAGACCAUACAUCUACACACACGCUCCUGAGAAAACACACACACGAGCAGCCUUGAGUUGCCGACGCUGGACGACGUGUAGACUCUUCACAUCACGGGGAGUGACAGUGACUCAGACGACAUUGGGAGGAAACCUGGCGGUGAUAACGAACCCCAAGUGUCUCUGUGAUCAGCUGAUCACAACCUGAAGAACCCCAACGAACUGUCAAGGUGUCAACACACAGGUUGGAAACAAUCUAACACCACUGUUCAACAGGAAGAAGAAGACAUUGAUUGUGAUCCUGUUGUUUUAAUCUUCACUGUAUAUUACUUUAAUAUUUGCUCUAAAUUGUGUGGUUGAUUUACAUGUAUGCCUCUCUGUGAUUUUAUCCACUAUUUUUGAACAAAACAUUUUACGUUUUCACUUGAUUCACACUUUCACACAAAUUUUUAUCUUCCACUGACGCAAAAUGACAUCCACCAGACGAAACAAGAUAAAAAUGAUUGUCAUAUCGACGAUGACAGCAAUAUGCGUGGUCACUCUGACAUUAGCAUCAACCGAAGACACUCUUAUCCACUGCACACCAGAGUCACCCACAAAUCGAUCAUGCUUAGUUUGUGCCAUUAGAGACCUGAUGACCAUGACGGAACAAUUGCCCUACAUAGCGAAGACAACAUGGCAGAAUAGAAUGGCCUUAGAGAUGUUAUUAACAAAGAUGGGAAGUGUUUGUGUCAGGUUUGGUAAAACAUGCUGUACCUUUAUUCAGGAUGAUUGAACAUGAACUGAUUGGAAUCAAUUAUAGGCUUAUGUCCCUGUCUUUCCCAUACACAAGGGUUAUUCUAGUAUAACUACCCACAAAAAACAGCUCACAAUCUUUUAUCCCUACGCCAUUUACAUCUUUAUAAGCAAUACAUUUAACAAAUCAUUUUUAAAGAAUGCUUUAUUACUACAGAAUGAAUACCACGAUUGACAAUUUUUAUUCUUUCAAUGUUUGAUUAAUGUGUAAUCAAAAGGGGGGAAGUGUAAUGGAAAAAUUGUACUUUAAUGCUCUUGUGUUCAUUUCUGACUCUGUAUAAUGCAUUCUGUACUUGUUGAUUAGACCCAGAAUUGAACAUUAUUAGACAAACAAUCUAUCUUCCUCUCAAGGUUCUGUCGCACAUUAAGUGCUGACAUCUAAUGUUGUGUUUGACUGACCGAUUGUUUAUGGCUUGGGUCUGCCUUUUACCCCUGGUCUCUGGCUCCUUUCUAUCUGAUGCCCCACCAGACCCAAGGCUGUAGACCUUGUGUAUUCCCUGUGUAAUGUAAACAUCUUCACCCACAGUGUGAUAGGAAGAUUCCACCAGGUCCCGGGAGAGAGGUUAAAAGGCAGAGACAACCUCAGAACGGGGUGAUCUUUGGAUUAUACCUCCGUGGUGUAUGUUCUGAUCUCCCCAGCUGGCUUUUUAUUUGCUUUCCUCAUUACUUGUUAUUUUCUUUAUUAUUUCAAUAAAUCGCACAAAAGGACAA